GGCGGCGAACGGUAGUAGGCGGAGCCUGACUUCUGGGCAGCUGCAACAGCGACUAGUUGAAGUAGCAGGCAGACGGUGGCUGGGAGCGCUGCGUGGUGCCCUUUCUCUGCCCUUUUGAUUUUUGCCAGUCCCACCUUUUGGGGUUCAGAAUGCCGGAGGGCCCAGAGCUCUUUCUAGCCUCCAGAUACAUCAACGCAGAAUGUGCAGGAAUUACCUUCACAGGGAAGGUGGAAAAAUCCGAAGUCAGCAAGAAUCUGGAGGUGCCUUUUGAGAGCGAUGGAUACCUGAUCUCGGCUGUCUCCCGGGGCAAAGAACUGAAGCUCACUCUGACCCCCCUCAAGCGGGAGGGCUCGAAACAGCGCCCUAUGGAUCUGGUGUUCCGUUUCGGCAUGACUGGGAAUUUCAAAAUGGUCCCGGUUUCCGACAUGCCCAAACAUGCUCACCUGCGUUUCUAUACCCAAGAGAAGCCGCCCAGAGUUCUCUGCUACGUGGACGUCCGGCGUUUUGGCAAGUGGGAGGUGGACGGCACAUGGCAAGCAGACCGAGGGCCUUGCGUGAUGUUGGAGUAUGAACAAUUUAGAGACAACGUCCUGAGGAAUCUCUCGGACAAGGCCUUCAAUAAGCCCAUCUGUGAGGCUCUGCUCAACCAGAAGUUUUUCAACGGAGUUGGCAACUACUUGCGGGCUGAAAUUCUUUACCGAUCAAAAAUCCCUCCCUUUGAGAAGGCACGGACCGUUCUGGAAAAUCUGCAGCAAGGGCUGCAGGUUUCUGGUGCAACCUUGAGCAAGAAAGUGAAAUUGAAACGAGAGAACCCCGAUUUGCUGGAGGCCUGUCACCUGUUGCCCAUGGAGGCUGCGAAUCUAGGAGGUGGCAAAGGAUAUGAUCCCACCAAUCGAGAGGAUGCUGCAGUCUUUGAAGAGUGGCUGCACUGUUACUCUGUUCCCGGCAUGAAAUCCCUGCGAGAUGCUAAUGGCAGGACCAUCUGGUUCCAGGGAGACCCUGGACCUCUGGCUCCGAAAGAAAGGAAAUCUCAGAAAAAGAAGAGACAGUCAAAGUCUAAACCAGCCGUGCAGAGUUCAAAGGCCCCCAAGCCAAGGAGAAACUCAACCAUCAGUCCUGCUCAGAAAGAAGCUAAGGGAAGAACGAAACGUAGACCGGAGAACGGAGUUACACAAGAGGAGGAGGAGGACGGUAUAGUCAAGGGAGCCAGAGGACCCAAGACCAGAUCCCAGAGGUCAUCUUCUGAUUUGCAAGAGCCUUUGCUGCUAAGUUCUCCAGCUCCAGCACGGAAGAGGCGAACACCAGCUCAGAAAAACCAGAGUGAGAAAGCAAAGGCAUCAGCAAUCUCGCGAUCCAGACGGGUGAAGGCUUCCUAACACUUCUCAACGCAGAAGGAUCUUUGCACGAGCUUCAGGUGGCUCUUCAUGCUCCAGAGGAGGAGAUAAAUGCUGCAGCUUUGGGACCCAAGAUUACCGACUGAAGAACCCUCAUGAGCUUCAGGCAGAACGACACACGUCGUGCUCCAACGGAGGAGAUAAAUGCCGCUUUUUGUUUUGAGGUUAUCCAUUGAAGAACCUCCCGUGAACUUCAGGCAGAACUUCCCGCUCCAACGGAGGAGAUAAAGGCAGAGAUUUUGAUCCGAGAUUACCAGCCGAGAACAACGUGAGGCCAUUAUUUUGCUGCUCCCUCAUUUACCAACUUUUAAACUUAAGUGUUACGCAGAUUUCUUGGGGUUUUUAAAAACCUGCACCUGGGGAGAAGGGAGGGAAAUGCCUUUGGUUUCACAUCGUCCUGAUAAGGUGGAACUGAAAGGAGUCCCAGUAGUCUGAAUAGUUGUCACCUCUCAAAUUUCUUAUCAUGGAAAGAAAACCAGCGUAGCACAGGGAACUUUCUCAACAAAAUUGCCAGACAGCAAAGGGAUGAGAUUUAAUCUUCGACAGUU